GCGGUUUUCAUAGAUGCAUACGAAUAGAUUUAGAAAUACUCGUUCGAGCGGGAUCGGGCGUCCUCGGGGAAGAAAUGGCGGGGAAUUCGUGAAAAAUCGUGGCGGUUAUGGGAGAGGACGGUUUUUCCAUACGUUGGGGUCACGUGAACACAACGGACACAGAGGAGAAGACAACAAAGUCCUCGAGGAGCGCGGCGUCUGGCGAAUCCACAACACAAGGUUCGCGUGUACGAGAGUAUAAGGACGCGCGUGUACGCCGGGUAAACACAUCGUCCUCGGAGUCGACGUUCAACGGAUCGUCGUGCAUGGAACGAACGAGUCGUGAACAGCCUAGAGCCGACACGACGAUGGAAUUUCUCGACAAAUAGGCGAAUAUGCACAUAAAUACAUAACAAAGCACCGUGACGGGUAACUCGAAUCGCGUAUGGGCGCCGAAAGGAGACGACAACUAGAACGACGACAAAGAGGAAGGAAGAGGAGAGGAAGAAAUGGCGUACGAAAGGAGAGAGAAGAGAGAGAAACCGGCCGUGAUUCCACGUGAACGAAUGUCACGCGUGCUGUCGUGGGCUUACACCGAUAUAAGUCACUUUAUUACCGAUAUACCUUAUCCGGAAAAUGAAUUAUUGAAAACGUGUCCCGCAAGACGCCGGCAAAGGAGCACCGCGUGUAUCUACGUCGAAACCGUUUGCUGGCAGUGGCCGGGCCAUGUUAUUAAUACAGAGGAAAGCAUGGACACCCUGCUGGGGUCCUCACGAUACACCAUGGGCAAGGCCCUGACCUCGAGGCCUCACCAUCGCCAGGGUCCAUGGAAUGGUUCUUGAGUUUCUUGGGCAACUAUCACACACGACGAGAGCCGCAUUCGAAGAGAUGGUUUUCAUUCUUUU